UCCUCACUUCAUCUCUCUUCCUAGUCAUUUCCAACACUUGGACUGUUUUCACCAACAUUAACCACUUCCUCCGGCUUUUUUUUUUUUUUUUUUUUUUUAAUAUACCCCCGUUCCCUCCUGCCUGGCCUGCCGUCACCAUGACGUCGGAGCUGGAGAGCAGCCUGACCUCCAUGGACUGGCUCCCUCAGCUGACCAUGCAGGCGGCCAUCCGCAAGACGGACGCCCAGAAUGCCCACGGGCCCGGCAUGGGCAAGAAGAGCACCUUACUGGAUCACACCACCACGCUGGAUCAGGAGGAGGUGCAGCAGCACAAGGACGGCAAGCCUCCGUACAGCUACGCCAGCCUCAUCACAUUCGCCAUCAACAGCUCGCCAAAGAAGAAGAUGACGCUGAGCGAGAUCUACCAGUGGAUCUGUGAUAACUUCCCCUACUACAGGGAGGCAGGCAGCGGCUGGAAGAACUCAAUACGGCACAAUCUGUCGCUAAACAAAUGUUUUCUCAAAGUGCCUCGCUCCAAAGAUGACCCUGGAAAGGGCUCCUACUGGGCUAUUGACACCAACCCAAAGGAGGACGCUUUGCCGACUCGGCCAAAGAAGAGGCCACGGUCUGGAGAGCGGGCUUCCACACCAUACAGCCUGGAUUCAGAGUCUUUGGGGAUGGACUGUAUGAUCUCUGGAAGUGCCUCUCCAACGCUGGCAAUCAACACUGUGACUAACAAGGUGGCGUUGUACAACACAGACCAGGAAGGUAGCGAUAGUCCGAGAAGCAGCCUUAACAACAGCCUGUCUGAUCAGAGUCUAGCCUCUGUCAAUCUCAACAGUGUGGGCAGCGUUCACAGCUACACACCGGUGACCAGUCAUCCGGAGCCCGUGUCCCAGUCGAUGAGCCUGCAGCAGCCCCCCCAGUCCCAGUACAGCAUGCCAGACAGGGAAAAGCAGCUCCCGUUCUCAGACUUCGAAGAUCUCAGUGCCUCCUUCCGCAGCCUUUACAAGUCUGUUUUUGAGCAGUCCUUCAGCCAACAAGGUCUGAUGGGCAUGCCGUCGGAUAACUCCCAGCAGACCCACACCUCCUGCUCCUAUCAGCACUCCCCCAGUGGCACCAUCAACACUCAGAACAACCUGUCAAACAACCAGCCCAACAACCACCACAACAACCACCCCGCCAACAGCGGCCAGGUUCCCCUGUCCCACCCGGCCCAGGCCCACCCCGGCCACGGAUCGCCCCACGCCCAGCACCUCUCGCAGCACAACCAACACGGCCAGCACCCUCAGCACCCGCAGCACGCCACGCACUCCCAGCACGGCCAGCACCCGACCCACGGCCAGCACCCGCAGCAGCAGCACACGGCGCACACGCAGCACAACCAGCACAACCAGCACCCCUCCCAACACGGACAGCAGCACCAGAGCCUCUCCCACCCGCAACAGAUGGCCUGCAACACAGGUUUACGGUCUGAGUGGUACCCGAAUCUGGAUGCCCUGAAAGAAAGCUGUCGUAUCGCCAGCAGCUACAACUGGGCUGAUGUCGACCUUUCUCCUUUCCAAGGUUUAAGAGAAAGCAUGAGACAGGCUGAGCUGAACAAUUGGUGCCUUGAACCCACUCAGAUUGCGGACCUCUGCUCGUCCAUCAACCAGUUCUUUGCUCGUACCGGCGUCAUUCAGCAGCAGGGGGCGGUACAGAGUCCUGUGUGUCACGGCGCCAUGCACACCAACAAACCCGGCCAGCACCUCAACACAGGAAACCUCUACAUGGACACAAGACAGAGUAUGCCCCCCAUGAUGGGUCCCCCCGGAUACCCCCACAUGCCCCCCAUGAGCAACACGGGACCCACAAUGACAGGACACCAUGCACAGAUGAACCAGCAGCACAUGAUACCUUCCAGGACCUUCCAGAUGCAUCGCAUGCAAGCCGACGACAUCCAGGACGAUUUCGACUGGGACUCCAUCGUCUAGACGCUCCACUUCCCCGUUAAAGCAAGUCCAAGCCGAUGGAGGAGGAGGGGGGGCGAAACCCGGAGGAGGCCAGGCUGAGCCGACGAGGCCGCAGGUUGUGUGAUGCAGAGGAACGUUUGACACGGUGAAAAACCCCACAGACUUCAGAGUCCUGACAAUUGUCCACACGGCGAACCAUAACCAGAAAAUGUUACUUUGAAGACAAUCAUGUUUAGUCAGACCUGUUCUCGUCUGGAGACGAGUGGAGCUCAGUAACAGUGAACCUCCUCAGCCAGCCCCCUCCUCUUACCCAGAACAUCCUCUUCCUGCCACACACACCCCCCCCCCCACCUGACCCCUGACCCCUCUGCUCCUUAACUGUCAUGUGAUUUGAGCGACGUGUUCAGCUUGUAAUUCUUCUCGUGUCGACAUAGGCCUCAGCUGCCUCUAAGAUGAAGUUCUCUCUCUCCAACUUUCUCUCCCCUCUGUUUAUUUUUUUGUGUUUAUGAUAUUUUACUUCAUAAACACAUUUCAUUCAUGUUUCUUUAUUUUUAUUUUUUUUAAGAAAACACAGGCCGUCUGUCUCUGUGAGUAACGUGAUGGUGCUCGUUGGUCGCUUCUGGGGAAAACAGGUUUACAAAUGUUUAAAAUCUGAACAGGGUGUUUUGUUUGUUUUUAUCCCCACUGGUUUGAUUUUAUUUUACUUGUUUUAAAACCAGGAGUUGAGCCGGAGAGGGAUCCCACAGGGUGCUGUGUCCGGCUCUCUGUGUGUCAUGGGAGAACAGAGACUCUCAUCGUUCGCUCUUAAACACUUAAAGAUGAAUGAAUUUUGAUAUCGAGAAGAUAAAACCAGGAGUGUGAAAACAGAUCUUUGAAUUGAAUCUGCGUCUUGUGAAGUUUAGAGUUGUUUAGAUUCGUAAGAGAAACUGUAGCACCUUUAGAAAUUCAACGAAACUCAAAACUGUUUUAGUCUCUAUUGUUCACUAAAUAAGAUGCUACCACUCAAAAACCAUUAGAUAAUCUGUAAGAAUCACGAUACGUCUGAGUUAAGUUUUAUUUGGAUGAAGAUUCAAGGAUUUUUUUACUGUCAUACCGUUUCUACUUGUUUGUGGUAGGAAAUAUGGACUCAGGUCACAGAUUAAGAAAUUUAAUACAUAACUAGAUUAAUAAUAAAGAUCAGUCUGAACCUCCAUUUACAUCUCAGUUAUUCAGCCACAGAAACGUCUGAAACUGCAUCUCAGAUCCCAAAUAAUAAAUAUAUUAAAACUAGACCAACAUCUGCAAGAAAACAUAAAGAGAGAAAAAUGAUUAAACUAACGUUUCAUUCAGGGAAAACAUACUUCAGUGAGAUUUUAUUUAAUGAUCAAUAGGGCACUAUCUGAUUAAUCAUGACUCAAUUAUUGAAAUAAUUAACUAAUUUAGUAAUCGAUUGUUAGUAAUCGAUUGAUCAUUAACUCUAGUAUACGACGGCAAAGCAGUAAUUAAGCCAAAACUGUGUUAAAAAUACACAUUUUGCAUUUAAGAUAAAAAAAUAUUAUUUUUCUGUAAAUAUCUCCAUAAGUGGUAGAUUUAGCUUAAUCUGGUUCAAAUUAUGUAAAAACUCAGAUUAAGCAUCAAUUAUUAAGCGGUUAAUCCAGAAAUAGUCAGCAGAUGUUGAUAGAAAGGGCUGAGCUUUUCACAUUAAAAAUAUUAAACUUCAGAUUCAUCCUUUGAUACAAAUGAUUUGUUAAUGAUGCUAUUAUUGCUUUUUAAGCAAUAAAAAUUUAAUAUAUUCCAAUUUAAAAAAGGAAUUGCAUUCUUUAUUUGCAUCUUUUUAUGCU